AUGGAGGAAGAAUUAUUGUGUAAAGGGGUUACUCCUUCGUGGAAGGUGCGUGGGAACCUCUGUAGUAUGACAAAUGAAGAUGAUGGAAACAUGCAAAUGAUAGUGGAUUUGCAUGCAAUGCAAAUAAUUAAACAGAUAUCACCUGUCCAGAAAAUUAUGGAAACCAUUGUCCUUGUCGAGGCUGCCAAGCAUCCUAAGGAUUAUUGGCUACAAAACCUGAAAUCUCUAAGUGUGAAAGUGCCCAGAGUCAAAAUGAGGGUGUAA